CAGAACGGGCUCCCUGUCUAGGAAGAGAAAUUUCUGAGCUGCACAACAGGGUAUGAAUGUGGGAAAAGGCGACAAGCGUGAGCGAAAUGUCACUAAAGCUCAUCUGCUUCUUCCUCUGCGCUCUGAUUGCACCAAAUCUCACGGGAAUUUUAGGUGAAGAUGCUUUGUUACCAGCACCUCAGAAUAUCUCUAUUCUUUCUACCAACAUGAAACACUUCUUAACUUGGAGUCCUGUGAUCAUCCAGGGAGAAACUGUGAGAUACUCCGUCGAGUUUCAGGGGGAGUAUGAACGCGAAUACGCCAAUGAGAGCUGGAUUCCCACCUGUGAGUGUUCGCUCAUCACAGCCACGGUGUGUAACAUCACAGAGGAUAUCUCAGCCACCGUGGCCUAUAACCUGCGUGUAAGGGCAAAUGUUGGUGCUAGAAGAUCAGAGUGGGGCACCCUGAAAGGCUUCUUCAAUCGCAUCACAACUUCCCUGACCCCACCUCUGAUGAAGGUCAUAGCAGAUGGGUAUCAUUUACUAGUGGAGCUGGAAGACAUGGGACCUGCCUUUCAGUUCUUUGUUCUCUAUUGGAAGAAGGGCCAGGAGAGUAGGAUGCAGCAGAAGGUGGUGAAAGAGGUCAGCUCCGUGGUUCACCUGGACACCAUGGAGGCAGGACCUGAUUAUUGUGUAAAAGCUCAGACAUACAUCGAGGCGAUCAACAGAAGCAGCAGCUUCAGCCAGACACAGUGUGUGAGGGCACAAGGCGGCACAUCCAUGUGGCUGGUUACUGCCCUCAUCUCUGCUGGCGUUGCUGUGGCUGCUUUGACCCUGCCUUUCCUUACCUGGAAAACAAGUAAAAUCUUUCAGUAUUCCUGCUGCCCCAUUGCUGUCCUGCCAGACACACUGAAAGUUUCAGAGCCCCCCACUCAGCUGAUACUGCGUGGCAGUGAAGACGCUGAGCAAUGUGAUCUGAUGGUGCGUGUGAUACCCUCAGAAGAAGUUCUCCGACUGUGGUUUCAAGAAACACUUUAG